UAGCUACUGGUUUCUACCAACUUUGACAUUGAGUCCCAUACUUUCUGCUAUAAAUAAUGAUUUUAACAAAACUCGUUUUAAUUAUUUACAAGAGUUACAAAAUAUCUCUCGACCAUCAUAGUAUAGUAUAAACUAGGAUAUUUUCCACUUGAGAAAUGAUCGUUUUUCGUAGUAAAGUGUAUUUUGCGGUUUUUUGCCUAAUCUUAGUUUACCGAAGUGCAAGUGCAGCUAAAGAGUUGCGUGAUAACAAAAAUGUUAAAAAUAAAGACGUCAAAGGUUUCAGUACCGAUGAAAAUGUAUCAUGGAUUGGUCGUUUGAAUAACCUAUCUAAAUAUCUUCCGAAUUGCCACAGGUAUGACAAACAUCUGAAUAGCUGUCUAGUUGAAGCCACAGAAAAAGUGAAGCCGUUUUUAGCCAAGGGCAUUCCAGAAUUGGGUCUGCCUGCUUUUGAACCGUUUAUAAUACCAGAAAUUAACUUAGAACAAGGCACGUCUGCUCUCAAUUUCAAGGCUAAAUUAAAAAAUACUGAAAUUUAUGGACUUACCAACUACACAUUUUCCAAAUUCGAUUUUGAUGUUCCUAAUCUUCAGUUCUUCUGCGAGUGUACAAUAAACAAUUUACAAUUAAGAGGCAACUAUAGUGUAACUGGAAAAAUUUUGGUGGCACCCAUUGUUGGAUCGGGUACUUUUACAGCAUCUGUUGAAAAUUGUAAUGCAACUGUCUAUCAAAAGGUAAAAGUUGAAAAAAGGAAAGGAGGACUAAAUUUCAUUGUGCCCACGCAUACCAAUAGCAGCAUCAAUGUGAGUGGACCCAAAGCCAAUUUGCAAGGACUCUUUGAUAAUAACAGUGACUUGAGUAAAAUUACUAACAAAGUCAUCAACGACAACGUGAAUGAGCUGUUCGAAGACUUGAAGCCGGUUCUGGAAAAAGUAUUGAGCGACAUUUUAGAAGACCUUCUGUUUAAGGCCAUAGAGGGCCAAAUUCCAUACGAUAAACUGUAUCCUCCAAUACCAUAAUAACUGUUUUAAAUAAAAUUAAAAAAAUAGGAUUAAUUUCACAAACUAAUUAUUCAAAAUAACGAUUUUUAUACCACGUAAUAUUAAAUUUUCUAUUGUUUUAGAAAAUAUUAUUAUUUGAACCUAAAAGAUUGUAAUUUUUUUACAGGAAUUAUUUUUAAAUUUUUUUAUUCCAAACCGUCAACUGCUCGUUUUUUAUGUUAAUAAAAAAUUUUAAUGCCAA